UAAAUUGUGUGUACAUUCCACAAAACAGACAUUUGGAUAGUCUUUAUACGUGACAUUGUAAAUGAUUUUCUCCGAGCAGGUUAUAUUUGUGUAAGAAGUGCUUUGUGAAUAAAGCUGUCCGUCUAAUUCUAUUGCGGAUCAAGAAGACUCAUUUCCCUGCAAGCCCAUGAACGCUGGCCAUGUGUAAUUUAAGUAAUUCUUGCUGGCAAUCUGCUAUGGCUACUGCCACAGUUGAUGGUUUGUGCGUGCAAAAUGCAAUAAUGACUUUUAACCUUCAAAGAUUCUCCUGUGUUCACACCUUGCAUUUUGCCAUACUUCACAUGAGUGUGGCUGUUGGAGUGGAUAGUCACAGUCGAUAUCCAGGAGAGGGCAGCAUUUUCCUAUACCAGGUGUAUAAAAGAGCAUGGCCCUGCUUAGACUGCCAAUGUUUCUUGUAAUUACUCCCAGUAUAUUUGUUGCUUGCUUAUGAAUUAACUUGCAUUUAUGGAACUAAAUCAUUCCAAUCAUUUAAUUACACCUGAGGAGCUGAACUAUAAUUGCUUGCUUCCAAGUAGGAUCUGAUAUGGCUUGAGCAGUAUUAAUUUGGUGUUUACUUUUCUGAGUGCUAAAAGCAUUAAACUGAUUGUGCAGUGGGAUUACAUUUUACUAAUUGCUGGCAUUCAUUAGCUGGGUAAAUGGCGGGGAAAUAUGACUGUAUAUUGUGGAGGGAUAAAAUUGUGGUUUUAAAUAGUAUAUUACUAGGCACAUUAAGGCCCUAAGACAUGUUUUAAAAUACUCCAGAGGUUAUUAAAGACUGUAUUUUCUUCAUCUCUUGCUAUAUGAAUACCUUAUUAAAAGACUGCAAUUAUUAUGGACCUUUUUGUGCAAUAUGUAGAGGAAAGACUUCAUUGACUUAAAACACAUUCCUUUGAUAUUAAUAAUAACCUUCUAUAUUUCCAGCUAAUCCAAAAGUAAAUGAGGAACUUAGAUAUAUGGGGGGGGGGAUUGCCAACCCGAAAUCAACACAGAACUGAAAAAGCCAAAGUUACAGCUUCAUUUGAGGACUUUUUGUAAGGAAUUCAGACUUCAGGGUCUGAGGUAAUAUUCUCUCUCACUCCUGAGAAGAAAGUCCCUUAAAAUCUCUCAUCUUGCUUUCACUGUGUAUUCUUAGAGCUGAAUCAAGUACGGGCUAUAUAAGUUACUUAUCUAUAUAUUUUUUAAGUGUUCUUGUUCCUUAUUUUGAACUUGUUAACCAUAUGGUGGCUAGGUUUCUCAUUUCAUUUUAUGGCCGUCUGGGGUUCCUAAGAAGUAAACUUUCUUAUUAUAGGAAACAUGAAGAACAAGAGUAGCCAUGUUGGACCGGGAGAGGAAAAAACUUUCCAAAACCCAUGGUUGGACUUGGCUUUACUUUAGCUCUGAAGUCUUGGAGCAAGACGCGGAGCCCUUGCCAGAUCAAACAAGUUCAGAAAUACAAAUGGAGGACUGGUCAAAAGAAAUCUUGGAGCAGAAUUCUGAGCAAAAGAACGAUGUCUCUGCUCCCAGUUACCUGAAUUUGCACAGUUCUUCAGCAAAAUCACAGCCAAGAGAACAGGCCAUUCAGACUAAAAGUGAACAGCUAAACUGUUCUGAUCAGCCAACAUCCAGUUUAAGCAUUAUGCAAACUGCUUGUGCCAAAACUUUGCAGCUACGUAAUCUCACUGUCUCUUGCACUGAUAAAAGGUUAAGCUCUACUGAAAAGCAAGGAAGAGAAGUUAUGCCUGGAAACAUGGAACCUUUUCAUGUCACUGCCAACCUAGAUAAAGAGAAGGAUAUUGCAUUCCUCUUAAGGGAAUUGGACGUUCUAAGGGCAAACAAUAAAAAGCUUCAGGACCAGCUGUCUGAAAAAGACAAGGAGCUGAAGACAAUAAAGCUGGACUUAGAGCUGCAGGAGAGAGUGGCAGAAGCGAAGAUUGCAGAAAAAGCUGCAGCUCUAGUAGAAGAGAUUCAUUGUGCACAGCGAGAGCGCGAUGAGGCUGUUAUGGCUAGGCUGAAGAUUCCCAACGAAGAGAGAGAAGAUGCAUGUAAACGAAUGAAACUCUUGGAACAAUCUUUUGAAACGCUAGAAAAUAUUAACCCUGAAGAAAAUGACAUGACAUUACAGGAAUUACUGAACAGAAUAAACAAUGCAGACACCGGGAUGGCGAUAUGGAGGAGUGGAGCUGAAAUUGUCGAUCGAAUAUACAGGACCCAGGAACGGAAAAAGAAAAUAAUAGCUGAAGAAAUGAAUGCAGUGAUAGAAGAGCGAGACGCUGCAUUGGCUCAAUGCAAACUGCUGGAGCAGGAGCUUCAUCAUAUGAAAGAGCAGAACCAGACUUCUGCAAACAACACGAGACAUCUGACUGCUGAAAACAAUCAAGAACGUGCUCUGAAGGAAAAAUUGAUGGCUAUGCAACAAGAAAGAGAGGCAGCUGUUCAACAAUAUAAAGAACUGGAAGAAGAGCUCCAGACCCUUCGCAUUUAUUACAGUUUACACCAGUCUUUGUCUCAAGAAGUGAACCUGAAGGAUCAGUUCAACGCCACUCUCAUAACUUAUGAGAAAGCUCUGAAAAACAGAGAGGAUGUUGUGUCGAUGCUGCUGCUUCAAAAUGAGGAGCUGACGGCCCAUCUUCAGCAAGCGGCAGAAGAGAGAGCAAAUGCGGAAUUGAAGUUUCAGCAAGCUUUAGAGGCUUCACAGGAGGCCAGUGAGAAACUUCAAAAGUUGCAAAGGCUGGUGGACGUCCUAAGGAAGAAGAUUGGCGCAGGGACCAUUAGGACGGUGAUCUGAUAGAAAACGCCAGUCUGGGGAAGCAUUCACAUCUGGUGACCAGGCUGCUUCAUUCAGCGCUGUGUAAACAUUAAAGCCUUAACUUAGCAAACAGUUGUUAGAAGUGGGACACUCCAACGACAUUCCAAGCCAAGAUAAAAUCAAAUCAUAAAUGUUUAACCACUUGGCUGCUGAGUUCUGUGAUUUGUCCAAAGGUAUCCCAACCAACAUUUAUUUACUUUCAUAGCAGAUCUGUUUUGGUAGGGAGGGUUAGCAAGCCUUUGAGAAAGUUUGUGUGUUGCAUACACACGCACACACUAUGGGCAAUUGUUUCUUUACCAAGUGUAGUCAGGUCUUACUCUUUCUGCCUAAUAUAAGAUGCAAAACCUUGCAGAUUGUUCUUGAACUCUAAAUCCACUGGGUUGAACACAAAUAUUGAAAUUAUCCGAUAAUGCUAGAAUUCAAGAUGUAUGUAAAUGAUAGGAGAAGCUCAGAAUAAAAAUAUACAUCUUAUACGUUGCAAAAUGUUGCAUUUUCUCUUCAAGAACAUUGUUCGUUUUCUGCCAACACUGUAUAGGUUAAUGAUAAUUGUCCCUGUGCAGACACACUGAAGGGAAGGCAUACAGACCAUUUUCAGGAAAAAUUAAAACAUGUAUCAAGUAGUAGCAGAUAUAUCCUGAUAACGUAGCAAAUUCUUUAUGUUCACAUCUUAAUUGCUCAGUAUGUGAUUUCCUUGCAGAUUCCCAGUCUCACGUUGUACAGAAGCAUAGAAGAUUCAUUAUGUCUUAUUUAAAGCAGUCCUUGUUGUUAUGAACCCUCUCAAAUAAAAGCAAACAAACUGGCGAUAUGAUUAACCUCCCACAAGAAAUGUACACCCGUGUCAGUUUCCUAUCAUUUAGAAUUGCUCAGGCAAUCUCUUUCUCCAGCUUUCCUUGAUUAUUGUUUUACAGAUUCAGUGAAAAAGAUUAUAAUGG